CCCAGAACCCUGAGCGCACCCCAGAGCCCCCGCAGAACCCCCCAGCCCCUUCCCCACUGCCCGAGAGCCCCCCGGACGCGGCGGAGGAGGACCCUGAGCUGGUGGUGGACAUGGAGAUCUUCGUGGACACGCUGCGCAACAUGGAGCCCUCAGAGAUGCGGAAGGCACCCAAGGCUCCUCGCCAGCCCCGGCCCUCGGCGCUGGGUCGCUGCGCGGCGCUGCCGCCCAUCCACGAGGACCGCGUGGCCCCGCGCGCCCCCGUCUCGCUGCCCGACGCCCUGCGGGAGCUGCUGGCGAGGGGCGGCGGGGGGCGGCGGGCAGAGUCCCCCCCGGAGAGCUCCAGGAGCCUCAAGGAGGAGGAGGAAGAGGAGGAGGAGGAGAUCGAGAACCCCUACCUGAGCCCUGGGGAGAGGGCGUCGCGGGGGUCUCGCCGUGGCACCGGGGAGCUGGACACGCUCCGGGGGGGACCCAAGCUGGAGGGAGCAGAGGAGAGAAGCAAAGCGGCGCCGGGCAGGGCGGCGGGGGAGCGGAGCGUGCUGUUCCGAGGGAACGUCCUGAAGGGCAUGGCGCUGCUCUCCGAUUUCCUGGAGCACCGGGCAGCCGCGGCGGACGAGGCCAAGCCCUACUCGCGCCUGGACAACAGCGUGCUCUACAGCCGCUUCGUCGCCCCCACCCCACCCUACAGGGAGCAGCAGGACCAGAGCUCGCCCCCCACUGAGCACCACGGCACUGAGGUGGCCGAGCUGCAAGCCCCAAGUCCUGGUCACAUCCAGCCUGUCACCGAAGAGCCGGAGAGCACCACGGAGCCGUGCCCCGCUGAUGUGCCGCAGGAGGACGAGGAGAGCUUCGAGAAGAUCAACACGAGACCCGGCAAGAUCAUCCUCUUCUCCGAGGCCAGCUUCACGGGACACAGGAGGGAGAUUUGGGGUGAUGUCCCCGAUGCCACGUCCUGGGAGCUCUCGCACACCAUCUCCAUCAGGGUCAUCCGCGGCGGGUGGGUGAUGUACGAGAAGCCGCGGUUCCAUGGGCGCAAGUGCGUGCUGGCGGAGGGGGACGUGGAGAUCGACAACCCCUGGACAGCCUACGGGCAGGGCACGGAGCCCCGCGGCGGCCGCCCCUUCCGCAUCGGCUCCUUCAAGAGGGUGGUGCGGGACUACCGCACCCCUGAGAUCAGCCUGUUUGCGGAGGAGAACGGCGAGGGCGCCCGGCUGAAGUUCACCGACUCGGCCGAGGACACGCGCGCGGGCGGCCAGGCGCUCGCCGCCUCCUCCAUCAUCGUCCACUCGGGCCUCUGGCUGGUUUACUCCAAGCCCUUCUUCGACGACGACCCCUACGUCCUGGAGCCGGGCGGGUACCCCAACUUAAAGGCGUGGGGAGCGAAGGAUCCGGCCAUCUGCUCCCUGCACCCCAUCCGGCUGGGCUGCCCCGUGGUGGAGCGUCCCGGCGAGCCGCAGGUGCUGAUCUACGAGGCCGCGGGCUUCCAGGGCCGCAGCUCCGCCGUCAACCGAGAUAUCUACGACCUGAGGAACCUGCCCGGGCUGGCGCUGCCCACCCUGGGCUCCCUGCGCGUCCUGGGCGGCUGCUGGGUUGGCUACGAGAAGGAGGGCUUCCGAGGCCACCAGUACCUGCUGGAGGAAGGGGAGUACCACGACUGGAGGCAGUGGGGCGGCUACAACAAGGAGCUGGUGUCCUUACGGCUCAUACGGACGGACUUCUCCGACCCGGCGCUGGUGCUCUUCGAGGCCAUGGACUUCGAGGAGGGUCCCAGCGUGGAGCUGAGCGAGGCGCUCCCCGACACGCAGCUGGCCGGCUACGGCACCGUCACGCAGUCCAUCCACGUGCUGAGCGGCGUGUGGGUGGCCUACGAGGGCCCCAACUUUUCGGGCGAGCAGUACAUCCUGGAGAAGGGGGUGUACCGCAACUGCGAGGACUGGGGCGCUGCCGACUGCCGCAUCGCCUCAGCGCAGCCCAUCCUGCAGGUUGGGGAGCGCAACCUGCACUUCGUCUCCAAGAUCCUGCUCUUCUCAGAGCCUGAUUUCCUGGGGGAGCACCUCGCCUUCGAGGAGGAGCAGGGCUCCCUGCCCGACGGCUUCGUGCCCCGCUCCUGCAGGGUCCGUGGGGGCAGCUGGAUCCUGUUCGAUGGCCGGGAGUUCUCCGGGGAGCAGCACGUGCUGUCCGAGGGCGAGUACCCGACGCUGGGCGCCAUGGGCUGCCUGUCCUCGGCCACCAUCUGCUCCCUGAAGAAGGUCCCGGUGUUUUUCUCGGAGCCCUCCAUCUUCCUGCACGGGCUGGAGUGCUUCGAGGGGAAGGAGAUCGAGCUGAACAGCGAGGUGCGGAGCCUCCAGGCGGAGGGCUUCAACAACCACGUGCUGUCGGUGCGGGUCAAGGGCGGGAUCUGGGUGCUGUGCGAGCACGGCGACUUCCGAGGCCGCCAGUGGCUGCUGGACUGCACCGAAAUCACCAACUGGCUGACAUACAGCGGGCUGCAGCACGUGGGGUCCCUCUACCCCAUCCGCCAGAGACGGAUUUAUUUCCGCAUCAGGAGCAAGGAGCUGGAGCUCUACCUGUCCGUCCCUGACGAUGUGGAGGAUAUGAAAGCCGGGCGCGUGGUGGUCUCCAGCCUGAGCGAGCAGAGCAGCUCGGUCUGGUACUACGAGGACGGGCUGCUCAAAAACCAGGUGGCCCCCACCAUGAGCCUGCAGGUGAUCGGGCCGGCUGCGAAGGGCUCCAAGGCCGUGCUCUGGUCCGAGACACGGAUGCCGCGUCAGACCUGGAGCAUCGAUGCCCAGGGACGGAUCCGCAGCCAGAUGUUUGAGGACAUGAUCCUCGACAUCAAGGGCGGCCGAUCGUACGACCGGGACCACGCCAUCAUUUGGGACGCGGCCGAGGAGCGACCCACGCAGAUUUGGGAUGUACAGGUGCUAUGAGGGGCGGCGAGGCCCCGGUGUCGAGAAGUGCCACGGGGCAGGACGGGGACACCAUCAGCGUCCCCACAGCAGUAGGGGGGCUGCCCCUGUCCCCCCGGACACCCCUCAGCCCCGGCUGCUGCUGUGAAGGACGCCCGCAACCACCUCCAUCACCAGGAGCCCUCCAGGACACGCUGCCGACCCCACGGGACGCCCUGGAGGGCAGACCCCUUCCCCACCCCAAUCCCUGUGAACUGUAUUUAUGUACGUGUGUAAGAUACGGCCCUCAGGGGGCCAGCCCUGCCUGAGUUUGGUUUCCUCGUCCUGGUGUUGGCCGCUGCCCGGCUCCCCCCACACCAGGGAGCUGCUCCCUCGCCCCCAUCCCCAUGCUUGGGGCCCGAUCCUGCUCCCUGGGUGCCCUCUAGUGUCCGAGGGCCCCACGCAGCGCCCAAAUCUGGGUUGGGAGAAGC